AUGGCGGACUCGAACGCUGUCAAGGAGGUAGAGGCCUCUAUGGCCAAUCUGCUCCUCGAUGAGGUGACCGGUGAGAAGGUGUCCAAGACGGAACUGAAGCGUCGCCAGAAGCUCCGCGAGAAGGAGGCCAAGAAGAAGGAGAAGGAAGCUGCUGCUCCUCCUAAGCCUGAGAAGAAGGUCUCUGCGGAGGAGGAGGAGGCCAAUCUGACCCCUAACCAAUACUUUGAAAUUCGCAGCAAGCGAAUCAACAAGCUGCGCGAGAGCAAGAACCCUGACCCCUACCCCCACAAGUUCCAGGUCACCGAUGACCUGCGCCAGUACCUGAAGGAAUACGAGGGUCUGGCCAAGGGCGAGCAGAAGCCCGACGUCACCGUUCGCGUCGCCGGUCGGAUUUACACCAAGCGUGCCUCGGGUACCAAGUUAAUCUUCUAUGAUAUCCGUGCGGAGGGAGUCAAGGUGCAGGUUGUGUGCCAGGCCCAGAACACCACGGGCGAUGUGCCCUUCGAGGCCCAGCAUGAACAUCUCCGGAGAGGUGACAUCGUCGGCAUUGUCGGCUUCCCCGGCCGCAGUAACCCCAAGAACCGUGCCGACGGAGAGCUAUCCAUCUUCGCCAAGGAGGUCGUGCUCCUGGCCCCCUGUCUGCACGCCAUCCCCUCCGAGCACUACGGUUUCCAGGACAAGGAACAGCGGUUCCGCCAGCGAUACCUGGACCUGAUAAUGAACGACCGAUCGCGCAGCGUCUUCGUCACCCGGUCCAAGAUCGUCAGCUACAUCCGUCAAUACUUCGACAGCCGCGACUUCAUUGAGGUCGAAACCCCCAUGAUGAACGCCAUCGCUGGCGGCGCCACAGCCAAGCCGUUCGUCACCCACCACAAUGAUCUCGACAUGAACCUGUUCAUGCGCGUGGCGCCCGAGCUGUAUCUUAAGAUGCUGAUCGUAGGUGGUCUGGAGCGUGUGUACGAGCUGGGCCGUCAGUUCCGGAACGAGGGCAUCGAUCUGACGCACAACCCCGAGUUUACCACCUGCGAGUUCUACUGGGCCUACGCUGAUGUUCACGACGUCAUGAACCUGACGGAAGAGCUGAUCUCGGGACUGGUGAAGCACGUUACCGGCGGCUACGAGACGACGUUCCACACGCAGACCGGCGAGGAAUACCAGGUCAACUGGAAGGCGCCCUGGCGGCGCGUGGAGAUGAUCCCGGCCCUGGAGGAGGCCACGGGCGAGAAGUUCCCACCCGGUGACCAGCUGCACACUGCGGAGGCCGGCGAGUUCCUAAAGCGCGUGCUCAAGAAGACGGGCGUCGAGUGCUCGCCACCGCUGACAAAUGCGCGCAUGCUCGACAAGCUCGUCGGUGAAUUCAUCGAGGAGACCUGUGUCAACCCCACCUUCAUCUCGGGCCAUCCGCAGAUGAUGUCCCCGCUGGCCAAGUACCACCGGAAGAACGUGGGACUGUGCGAGCGGUUCGAGGCCUUCGUCUGCAAGAAGGAGAUUGUCAACGCCUACACCGAGUUGAACGACCCGUUCGACCAGCGUCUGCGCUUCGAGGAGCAGGCGCACCAGAAGGACCAGGGUGAUGACGAGGCCCAACUCAUCGACGAGAACUUCUGCACCAGCUUGGAAUAUGGUCUGCCUCCGACCGGUGGCUGGGGCAUGGGUAUCGACCGACUAGUCAUGUUCCUCACAGACAACUACAGCAUCAAGGAGGUAUUGGCCUUCCCCUUCAUGAAGGAAGACAAGACGGCGCAGGAUACCAAGACCGCUGCUGAGGUGGUGGGUGUGGAACCUCAGCGUGAGGAGGGAAUCCCUCAUAAAUAA